AUGAGCACUAAAUCCUUCGCCUCAUACCCCAUCCUCUCCUUCUCUAUAACUACCCUCCUCCUAACCCUCUUCUUCAUCUUCCUCCUCUAUGUUCCCCGCCUCCUCUACCUCUAUCUCCGAGCCCGCAUCUUCCAUUUCUGGAAACGCGAUAUGAAAAAACGGAUGUCUCAUUUCGAGGCUCUUGAUCUCGUGCGCUCAGGGCAGGGCUUGGGGGCUAUGGAGGGAAUUGUAGGAGCGAGAGCGAAGAUGGAUAGAGAUGGAAAUGCGAGAGCAGAUAAAAAAAGAAAAUCAAAACGAAGAUGGGACUGGGAUUUAGAGAAAGGAGAUGGCGAAGAGGAAGAAGAAAAUGAAUGGGUGACGAAGGGGGAGAUGGCGAAAGAAUGGAUAUGUGAGGGAGAGGAGAAGAGUGGAGGAAAAACACUGGGCCCAGUGGGGAAUGGGUGGAGAGUGGCGGAGGAGAGUAGGUGGCUGCAUUGUGCUGGGAGGGAUGGGGAGGAUGGGUUCGGGAUUGGAGGUGGAGGUGGGAGGUAUGAGAAGGAGGAGGAGAAGGAGGAGUGGUUUGAGAUUCGAAUGGCUAAGGAGUAUGAUGGUUAA